ACGGGCGGAGCGAUGGUGAGGUGGUAGAGUCUUCGGCGGCGGCGGCGGUGGACCAAUGAGACCCGGAGAAAUGCUUACGUCACAGUAUAUGGCUGGGCGGAGAGUGGGUGCGCGAUUUGUUUCUAAACCGGUAAUAAUGCUGAUAUACCAAUGUUGACAUCGUACUACGCGACUCUGUCGUUGAUCGUUAUUCGUUAUUAUUCUUCGGUCACGUUGUCCACGUUCUCUGCGGAUCUUUUCAACACAUUCAUCCGCGCAUACACACAUUUUGCGGAUUGCACUGGCACUGCUGAACUUCACGGCUGACUUGAGUACCGAAGGGCGACGGCCCCUAAUCUGUCAUCUGGAUUACCAUUUACCUGUUCCGCUGCUCGUCUGAUCCGGUCAGCCAAUAUGUCCGACGAUACAAAUUCAAAAGAGUAUGAAAUAGAAAAAAUUAUUUUUCAUCAACAAAUAAAUAACAAAAUUCUGUAUUUUGUUAAAUGGAAAAACUGUGGGUUGAAUGGGAACACAUGGGAACCCGAAGAGAAUUUGAUAAACUGUCCUAAAAUUCUGAAUGAUUACAAGACCAAAAAUAAUUUUUUUAAAAACAAAAAAUGAUGUAUUACAUAUAUAUUAUACCAACAUUUAUUGUAUUUAAAAUUACUGCCAAU